UCAUUUCUGUAGCCCACGUUAGAAGCAAAUGCAACUCUAUGAGACUGGCAGAAGCAAGAGCUUAUUGGCGUAUAUUAUUUUUAUUACAAUAUUUUCGCUGGGGAACGGUUUAACGUGUGCAAGAACUCGAAACUAACGUUAGCAAAGUGUCAAGUUUACAAAGCGUUGUGCACUUUGUUCUUAAAAUAAUCUACUCGUGGGAGCAGAGAACCGAUUUAGAUACAUGUUUAAUAGAUGGGAAGAUUUGUGUAACGUAAUUUCGCUCCGUCCCCUUCUGCCUGCCGUUGGACUUCCUACUCCUGUACUACCAACUUGGUGCCUAAUUCUCUAUUUCCUUGAUAUAUUUCACAAUAUGGAUUUCUCUAUUCGCCCUGCUACCCUGGAGGACUGCAAAGACAUCGCGCGAAUGCUUUUGGAACUGGCUGAAUACGAGAAAGUAUUGGACCAAAUCAAAGUGACACAGAAAGAUUUGGAGCAGGAUGGAUUCAUUAAAAACCCAUUCUUUCAUGGUAUCGUGGCUGAAGUACCUGAAGAACACAGGAGCAAAGAGGGACAUACCAAGGUGGGCUACGCCCUCUACUUCUACUCCUAUAGCUCAUGGAAAGGCCGGGCCGUCUACAUGGAAGACCUGUACGUAAUGCCGGAGUUCAGAGGUAAAGGUAUCGGGAAGGCACUGAUGAGCAAAGUAGCUCAGCUGGGCCUGGCCGCUGGCUGCUCCCUGCUCAACUUCAGUGUGCUGGACUGGAACAAACCAUCUCUUGAUUUCUACCUCAGCCAGGGGUGUUCAGAUAUUACGGCUGACAUGGGGUACCACUGCAUGCGCUGUGAAGGGGACGAGCUGGAGAAAUUAGCCCAGGGAGGCACCUAAACACUGUCCACUAUCUUCGGAUGACUCGUUACUGUGAAUUCUUUGCAUUGUUCUAAUUAAUCUAAUUAAUCUAGGAACAUUGACUAAUACCUUUAGGGAAGACAUGGUAUUUUAAAGUGUUGUACUAACCUUUUAAAGGUUAGUACAAACAAAUGUUAGACAGUAAAUGAACCAGCUGUAAGUAUUUUGACAUGACUUGUGUGUAUAGUAAUGUGUUUCUACUUGUGACCCCAUAGCUUUCCCUGAAUCCUAAGCUAAGAUGAAAUGUCUGAAAUCUGGCUUAACAAGAACUAUGCAAUAACACCAAACAAAACAGUAAUUUAAUUUGUUAUUGUUUUAAAGUACUAUUUUCCUUAAACAACAAAUUACAACAUGUUAUUCAAACUCAACCAGUGAACUAAGCAAAAAUGUUCCAGCCUUGCAAUUACUCUUAAUGCAGCUACAAUACAACAAAUGCCACCUUCUGGCAUCUAGGUUAGCUUCUUUUGGCUCAUGUACAUCCUACCUAUGGAUGCAUACAGUCCACCAAAGCCAUACACCCUAUGUAUGCACGUUAUCUUAGAGGGUUUGACUGGUGUAAUCAUUCUACACUAGGCUAGGUGUAAGAUUGACCACAUGACCUACUCUAAUCAAAUAGUCGUAGAUCUGGCUUAUAGAGUCAGAGAGGUGAUAUAGUUAUGAGAUGGUAGACCGUUGGCAGUAGAACAGUGAUCAUUGUAUUCGUACUGAAAACUCUUGGGUGCCAAAGCUCUGCCUGUUAACUGUCUUAAUGUGGACCGAACCUUAUUUGAAUAAUUUCUUAGAUUUUUGAUGUGGGUUUGCUAGGCUUGUGAAUAUGCAUAGUCCAUGUUGAAUUUGAACAGGCAUAUCGAAAUAAAAAUAAUGUUCAAAGUUG